GCAAUCAAACGGUACGGCGUCAAAAUGUACUUUGGAGUUGUUAUCACUUUUUCGUUUGUGCUCGUUGAGAUAUAUGGGGGACGCCCAUCUAUAGCCCUUAUUUCAGCAACAAAGGACAAACCAAAUCUUCUUUUUCAUUAUGUGAUCUUAGAAAAUGAAACUUUUAAAAACCCAAAUAUGGUGGCGAUAGCUGCUUUUGAAGAAAAAAUAAACACCACUGGUUGGUCAUCACUUACGGUGGCAACAUCGUUUAGCUUUCCUGACUAUCUACAAGCUUACUGGGCUGGGUUUUUGGAAACUAAUCUCACACUCAGUUUGACUGUCUCCCAUUGGAUAAACACUGUCAAAGAUAUGUGCCCGAUUCCACUUUCUAAAGACUGUAAAAUUUUACAUCAGUACCUAUCAGAAAAUAUGGCUUAUAUGUUAAAUGAGGCAUAUAAACAUGGUGACCAUAGUCCUUUUUGGUAUCAAGUUGCUUUACAGUUAUGGCAGCUUAAGGGAAUGUCUGAUGCCUUUAAUAGAAAAUUCAUCGACAGAGCGGACUUGUUAAACCGUAGUCAUUUGAAUACAUUGAUUAACGAAGUAAUGGGGAUUUAUUUACUACAGCUCAACGGGGAUCUUGGUGACUUAGUUAGUGCCUUAUCGGUUCUUACAUUAAAGAAAGGCAAAAACAAAAUGGGACAUCCAUUUAUCGCUAGUCCAUCGUGUUCAGCACUGAUUAAAAUAGUUGAUAAUAAUGUCUAUUUAUCGCAUGUCACAUGGUCAACAUACAGUAUUAUGCUGCGUGUAUUGAAACAUUACAACUUUCCAUGGAAAACUGUCAAUCGUACAGAUUCUCAGAAAAUUCCUGGUUUUGCAAUAACAUUUUCUUCAUAUCCAACAUUUACCAGUUCAGUUGAUGAUUUCUACUUGACAAGUGCAAAUCUCACUAUUACCGAAACUACCAAUAAUGUAUAUAAUGAUUCAUUAUGGAAUAUUGUUCGAAAUGGUAGUAGAAAUUCUGUAUUCACAUUUAUACGUGGUAUGGUUGCCAGUCGCUUGGCCAAAACAGGGGACGAAUGGAUUGCAUAUUUCAAGUACAACAACAGUGGAACGUAUAAUAAUCAGUGGAUGAUAUUUGACGCUAAACAAUGGCCAAGAAAUAAAAGAUCACUUAUGAUAGCUGAACAACUACCAGGAAUAGUGUCCAGUCUUGAUGUAACAAAUAUACUGAAAAUUCAAGGUUAUUGGGCCAGUUAUAAUCUACCGUUUAUUGAUGAUAUCUACAUACUCAGUGGAACAAAGAAUAUGGCCAAAAUGCAUGGAGACUGGUAUGUACAUAAUAUGACAUCGAGGGCCAAAAUUUUCCGACGUGAUCAUCACAAAGUUGUUGAUUUUCCAAGUAUGAUGUCGCUUAUGAGAUAUAAUGACUUCAUGAAUGAUCCAUUAUCUGCCUGUCCGUGUAAACCUCCGUACACAAGUAACAAAGCUAUAUCAGCACGAGAUGAGCUGAAUGAUCCGAAAGGACAGUAUCCAAUUCGUUCGUGGUCCUACCGCCUACAUGGAGGAACAGACGCUAAAGUUGUUGACUUAUCGAUGAUGAAUCAACUCAACAUGAUUGCAAUCAGUGGACCGACCUACGACAACUUGCCUCCAUUUCGCUGGUCACUAAUUAAAGAUGUGAAGAAACCUUUGAUGCACCCAGAUAAGUGGCAGUUCCCACCUGUGAUCACCAAAUUUAUCGAUUACCUAUCUACAAAUGGAAAUAUUUCUGCUGGAUUCCUUUCCGUAGAAUCAUUGUUUUAGUCCCCUUUAAUAAAGUAGAUUUCAUUAACCAUAUGGAUAUAACUUACUGUAGAUUGCUCUAUAAUCUGAAGUUUUGUUAGACAUUAUUGCUCUAAUCUGGUAUUGUUUGCAAAGAUCUUUCGAACUGCU